GGAGGUUAUACUUGCUUACCGAACUGGUCAGAUCAGUUAAUGUACUGUGAGCUGCGCAGGUUUUGAAUAUAUCAAAUAAUGUUGGUUGUGUAUUAUUAGAUUAUAUCUUAAUUUUUCGCGUUUAUCAAUUGCCUUUAUUCGAUUCUAAAGUUCUACAAGAUUCUCCAGACAAACCAUACAUAACUCUUAAAAUAUGCACUGUAUACUUGUAUUUGACCAUCUUAAUGAUAUUGUGUUUUCUAAAUGCGAUAAAAAUUUUGUUAAGCAUAUAGAGAAACUGGGAGAGAAAAAUGGAUUAACUUGCCCUGAUCCUGAGAAUGGAGAUGAAGACUUCAACUUAAAUUUUGUUAUGCAAUUAUUUUCACCGAUAGUUACUUCCCAAAGAAUAAUGAGUUCCCAAUUCGGGAACUCUUAUACUUCUAUUCAAUGUCAAGAUGGAAUAAACAUGGUUUUCGAUGAGUACAUGGGGUAUCUAUUUGUUAAUUUGGCCUUUGAAGACAUUCAUUGGUUGAAAAGGAUGUUGGGAAUAUGUAUUUCCAUUGUGCAACAUUUAUGUGGUCCUGAUGUCUCCGUACUCAAAACAAAUGCAAGCCGUAGUAUGUUAGUGAUGAGGCUAAUAGAUACAUGGGCAACACUAGUUUCGAAAGACCAGUCUGUUCUAUUAGAAGCACUAGAGCAACUGUUCGUCAACUCAGAUGUCAAUGGCACAAUAAUCAAAGCCUUGAAAGAUUCGACUGACAGAAUCAAAACUCUCUUGAAUUACAGUAAAUCUCAUGCUGUUAUAUUUGUAGAAAACAGGUUUCUCGGCCUCUACUCGAGUAAAAGUGCAAGAGAGCUAAGCAGUUCUGACCUGCUGUUUUUGGGUCUUAUGGCUGAAAUGACAUUGAAUCAUUUUUCUGUUGAAGAAGGCAUUAGUGUAAAUGAAGGAACAUCCAGUGAUGAUCGACCAAGUCCGACAGAUAGCCCUAAUUCUGAAAGAAAAGCAAUGAUUAAACCAUGCAGCCAAAUUGCUGAAAAACCAGAGGAUAACCUAUUCAGUGACCUAGUCCUCCUUUCAGCAAACAAUAAUAUUGCAGUUUGUCCGUAUGUCAUUCAUAUUGCACCUAUUGCUGAAGGCAUAACAUUGAUACUGCUUUAUCAGACACAAUGGGAAUCUCUUAAUUUGACUCUGAAUGAUGCUCUCAGUGCUAUUAAUGUUAUUACAUGUGUGUCAUAUAACGAAAAGGAAGGAAUAAAGAGAGGAAUGGAAAGCCUUGAAUCAGCUAUGAAAAAACUUUUGGAUGUCAUUAAGAAAAUAAAGAGUUCUGAUAUUACACCCCGCUUGGAUGCUUGUAUUAAAGUUCUUCAAGUUAAAUGGGACCUUCUCAAAAAGCAGUAUAGUGAAGGGCAUGAGAUGGCUAUUAGCUCAUGUGCCUCCAGCCUUGGAGUUUCGCUGAGGGAGUUGCUUCAGGCAGCGUCACUAGAUCGAACACCAGUUCAAAGGGGACGCCAUGCAGCUCAGGCGAUAGCUCGUUGUGUCUGUACAGCAGUGUCACAUUUUACAGAUUUUCUCAAGGUUAAAGCUGUGACCAACUUCUCUCUUGGAUCGCGUGAUUCCCUGAGCAUUAACAAGUAUUUGGAAGAGUUUCCCGGGCUCGUCCAUUUUCUAUAUAUCGACCGAACCAACCAUCGGUUAACAGCUCCUUCACUUCAAAUGCAGCCACCUGAACCUCCUUUACCACAGUUGACAAAAGAAAAGAUAUGGACAAUGGUUGAAUUCAGCCGGCAUCAUUUACUUGAAGGGAACCUUGCAUUGAUGUGGAGGGACACCACAUUUUCUUAUGCUUAUUAUCUCUGGUUUGAAGAUGGGGCAGGAUCAGCCAUUAAACCUAAAGUUAGCCCGGCUACAGCAAUAAAAACAUUACCUCUCCCUGGAGUAUUUAAUGGGGACUUUUAUCAGCGCCUUAUCGAAACUUGCUUCCCGAAAAAUCAGAGCAAUAAAGUGAGAUGUUUUGAACUUUAUUGUGUUCACAUUGGUCUGGCGACAUCUUCUUGUGUCCUAGAGCAAUCUCGUAGAAUAGCAGCCACCAUAUGUGAAGUAACUGGAGUGCCAAGCAAUCCUCUAGAUCUUCUUUAAGAAAAUUGCUCUUUAGUUUAUAUCAAGUUUAAUUCCAGCUCAUAUUUAAUGCCAAAGAAUAAGCUAACAGUCCAAUUUAUUUUUUGUAGAUUAAUGUACUUGAUUAAACUGUAAUGUUGAUAUUUUGUAAUAUUCAAAUGUGAUUUAUUGAAUGAACAC